GAAAAAUACCUUUAACGCCGUCUUUUGUUCGUCGUCGUCGUGUUCUCUCUCUCAAACUCUCAGGUAAGUUGAGAUUUCAGAAAAGAUUGAGCUUUUAACAAUUUUCAUUCUUGGAAUCACUUACUUUGGUGAUAACUGAUAAGAUUUGUGUAUUGUAAGUUUGUAACAUAUAGAGGAAGCUACUUUCAAUGAAACACUGCGGAAUGAGAGUUGGAAUUGGUGUUGUUCCUGUUAAUUUUCUAUGUAUGAGUGGAAAUGUGUGCGUUGUAUUUUCUGCUUAUAUUGGAUGUUUUGGAUAGUGUUUCAAAACGUAACUUGGUGUUAAUUAGUAGAGGCCUCAAGGAUUUAACUUUUCACAGCUUAUGAGAGUGAUCCUUUAGCAAAUAAUGAAUCUCAAAAAGUUAAACGGAAAUGGAAAGGACCACGAUGAGGAUACCUCCACGUCACCAAAAUCCAGUGAAGCAUCUCACUUGAGCUCUGGUCCUCAGGAACCACAGAGCCCCUACGUGGAAGAAUUCAAACUUGGAGAUGAACAAUUCAACUAUUGCUUCCCACCUCCUGCCGCAGAGAAACACUCUAUGACUGGCUAUGAUUGAUUCAGAUUUCGGAACCAAUGGGUCGGAAGAAGCCGAGUAGUUCUCGAGGUGGAGAUGAUGAGCAACCACCUGCUGCGUCAUCUCUCGUUGGUGCUGAAUCCAAGAAGAAAGCUGUCCAAAGUGAUGAAGAAGAUAAGUACUCCAUAAAUACUGAGGAAGAGAAAGUUGUUAUCACUGGGAAGAAGAAGAGUAAUAAGAAGGUUACGCAGAAGCAUGAUGACGACGAUGAUUUUACUGAGGCUGUUCCCGAGAAUGGUUUUGUAGGGAAGAAGAAGAAGUCCAAAGGUAAGAACAGAGGUGGCUCUGUUAGCUUUGCCCUGCUUUCUGGUAAGGAGGAAACGGAUGAUAAUGAAUCUAAUGGGGACAAAGAUGAUGAGCCAGUUAUAAGUUUUACAGGUAAGAAGAAUGCGUCUAACAAGGGUAAAAAAGGCUUUGCGGUUUCAGCUUUUGAUGCCCUUGGUGGUGAUAAGGAUGACGAGGAAGUGGAUGGAGAUGAGGAACAAGUUUCACCUAUCACUUUCUCUGAAGGGACAAUGGGAGACGAAGAGAGCCUCGAAAUCACGUUUUCCGGUAAAAAGAAGGGCAGCAUUGUUUUGGCCUCACUAGGUGAUGACUCAGUUGCCGACGAAACUAGUCAAGCUAAAACUCCUGAUACUAAGAGUGUGGAGGUUAUAGAAACUGGAAAGAUCAAGAAAAAGAAGAAGAAUAAGAAUAAGGUUGCAAGGACAUUAGAGGAAGAGGAUGAUUUGGACAAACUUCUUGCAGAACUUGGAGAAACCCCUGCUGCUGAAAGACCUGCUUCAUCGACACCCGAAGUAGAGAAAGUUCAAGCUCAGCCUGGGCCAGUUGCACCUGUAGAGAAUGCUGGUGAGAAGGAGGGUGAAAAAGAGACUGUUGAGACUGCUGCAGCGAAGAAAAAGAAAAAGAAGAAGGAGAAAGACAAGGAAAAAAAAGCAGCUGCUGCAGCAACCUCUUCUGUAGAGGCUAAGGAGGAAAAACAAGAAGAAUCAGUUACUGAGCCACUACAGCCGAAGAAGAAGGAUGCAAAGGGUAAAGCAGCAGAGAAGAAAAUUCCUAAACAUGUUAGAGAGAUGCAAGAGGCUCUUGCACGGCGGCAAGAAGCAGAAGAGAGAAAAAAGAAGGAAGAAGAAGAAAAAUUAAGGAAGGAGGAAGAGGAGCGCCGCAGGCAGGAAGAGCUUGAGGCUCAGGCUGAGGAGGCUAAGCGUAAGAGAAAGGAAAAGGAAAAGGAGAAACUGUUGAGGAAGAAGCUAGAGGGCAAGCUUCUAACAGCAAAGCAAAAGACUGAAGCUCAAAAGAGGGAGGCGUUUAAGAACCAGCUGCUGGCUGCUGGUAGAGGUCUUCCUGUUGCAGAUGAUGUUGGUGAUGCUACUUCCUCAAAGCGUCCCAUUUAUGCCAACAAGAAAAAACCAUCUCGCCAGAAAGGCAAUGACACUUCUGUCCAGGUGGAAGAUGAGGUAGAGCCACAAGAAAACCAUGCAGCUACUUUAGGUGAAGUGGGUUCAGAAGACACUGAAAAGGUUGAUUUACUAGAGUCAGCAAACACAGGCGAGAAAUCAGGUCCUGCUGAUGUAGCUCAGGAGAAUGGGGUUGAGGAAGAUGAUGAAUGGGAUGCAAAAAGCUGGGAUAAUGUUGAUCUUAAAAUUGACGAUAAAGAGGAAGAAGCUCAGCCUGUGGUUAAGAAAGAAUUAAAGGCACAUGAUUCAGACCAUGAAACUGAAAAGCCAACAGCUAAACCAGCAGGUAUGAGCAAGCUAACAACAGGUGCGGUAAAAGCUAUUUCUGAAGUAGAAGAUGCUGCUACACAGACAAAACGUGCUAAGAAGGGUAAAUGCUUAGCUCCAAGUGAAUUUAUAAAAGAAGGUGGAGAAAAUCUCCGUUCUAUUAUUUGCUGUAUCAUGGGUCAUGUCGAUAGUGGUAAAACAAAGCUGUUGGAUUGCAUCAGAGGAACAAAUGUACAGGAAGGUGAGGCUGGAGGUAUAACUCAGCAGAUUGGUGCAACAUAUUUCCCUGCCAAAAACAUCCGAGAGAGGACCAGGGAACUGAAAGCGGAUGCAAAACUUAAGGUGCCAGGUCUAUUGGUUAUCGAUACACCUGGCCAUGAGUCCUUUACUAAUCUGCGGUCAAGAGGUUCAAGUUUGUGCGACCUUGCAAUUUUGGUGGUUGACAUAAAGCAUGGGUUAGAGCCACAAACCAUAGAAUCUCUAAAUCUUUUGAGGAUGAGGAAUACAGAGUUCAUUAUUGCAUUGAAUAAGGUGGAUAGGCUAUAUGGAUGGAAAACAUGCAAGAAUGCUCCUAUCGUGAAGGCAAUGAAGCAGCAAAAUAAAGAUGUUACGAAUGAAUUCAACAUAAGGCUGACUGAUAUUAUAACCCAAUUCAAGGAGCAAGGACUCAACACUGAGAUUUAUUACAAGAAUAAAGAAAUGGGAGAAACUUUCAGUAUUGUUCCUACUAGUGCUAAAAGUGGAGAAGGGGUCCCAGAUCUCUUGCUGUGGUUGGUUCAAUGGGCUCAGAAAACAAUGGUUGAGAAACUUACAUAUGUUGACGAAGUGCAGUGUACUGUACUUGAGGUCAAAGUUAUUGAAGGCCAUGGGACAACGAUUGAUGUUGUGUUGGUAAACGGUGAACUCCAUGAAGGUGAUCAAAUCGUCGUUUGUGGGCUACAGGGACCUAUUGUCACAACGAUUAGAGCAUUACUGACUCCUCAUCCAAUGAAGGAGUUAAGGGUGAAGGGUACUUAUCUGCAUCACAAAGAAAUAAAGGCUGCACAAGGCAUCAAAAUUACUGCCCAGGGCCUUGAACACGCAAUUGCUGGUACUUCCCUGCAUGUGGUUGGACCUGAUGAUGACAUCGAGGCAAUGAAGGAGUCGGCUAUGGAAGAUAUGGAAUCGGUUUUGAGCAGGAUUGACAAAAGUGGUGAAGGAGUUUAUGUACAAACGUCUACAUUAGGGUCAUUAGAAGCAUUGCUUGAAUUCUUGAAGACCCCAGCUGUAAAUAUACCUGUCAGUGAAGGAUAUAAUGAAGGCUGGAGUGAUGCUCGAGAAGAAAAGGAAUAUGCUACAAUUUUGGCUUUUGAUGUGAAAGUGACUACAGAGGCUCGUGAACUUGCAGACGAAAUGGGAGUAAAAAUCUUCUGCGCUGAUAUCAUCUAUCAGUUAUUCAAUCAGUUUCAGGUUUACAUUGAGAAUAUCAAAGAGGAGAAAAAGAAGGAAUCAGCCGGUGAGGCAGUCUUCCCAUGUGUCCUUCAGAUUUUACCUAACUGUGUGUUCAAUAAGAGAGACCCAAUAAUCCUUGGAGUUAAGGUCCACGACGGUAUACUUAAGAUCGGAACCCCCAUUUGCGUCCCGGGCAGAGAGUUCACAGAUAUUGGCCGCAUUGCCUCUAUUGAGAACAACCACAAGCCUGUUGACUAUGCAGAGAAGGGCGACGAGGUGGCGAUUAAGAUUGUUGCUUCAAAUCGCGAAGAACAGAAGAUGUUUGGAAGGCAUUUUGACAUGGAAGAUGAGCUUGUGAGUCACAUUUCGAGGAGAUCUAUCGACAUACUCAAAGCUGACUACAUGGUAAGUCAAGGAUAA